ACAGUGUCAUUCAGGUCAUUUCAGUUGCAGCUGCAGCCGGACCAGCUGCACAAACAAACAGCCAUCAGACAGCUCUAAUCUACCGUCCGCAGUUGGCAUUCACAGCUGAUUCUAAAAUCUGCAGUUGUGAAGAUGCAGCCCAAACAAACGUAACCUUAAACAUUCGCAGUUUGACGCAAAGACACCGUUGAGUUCAUGACCCUCGUGAACUCAUUUGUGCGGCUUACUGCGACGACUGCGUCGUUUGGCGGCCGCGAAAAAUGGCCCGUCUGGGCAGGCCCUGUGCUUGGCCUCGCAGCGGAAGCUGAAUUGAGGACCAUAGGACACGCAGGGUAUUUUCAGCAGCGCCGGGCAUGUCGGUUGUGGCAUUACGCCGAGCACCUUCCGCUCGGCCCAUCACACUAGGGAACUGCGAUCGCAAGGAGCCGUCGGGUGCCUCACUGCUGCCCCGGUGCCCCCCACGCCGUCCCUUUUUCUCUUUCCCGGACCUCCCGGUGCCCUUCAGGCUUCAGCCCAGCCCCAGCCCCAAGAAAAAACGAUCAUCUGCCCGCCCGCACCCCCUUUCCUUCUCUCCUGUGCUCUGUAUCCAGGGCUCCGGGCACGGCUUUUUUUCGAAAAGGUGAGGGCUCCGGGCACGGCUACAUCAACACGUCUGGAUCUUGCCAUCCAUUUAAAACCAUAACCCAAAGCAGCGACAGCAACACGCCCAACAUCGCCGCUUCGCUUGCUGCUUGCCUAGAGCGAAAUGGCGGACGAUGCGACGGACGACGCCACCGCCACCGCCAAACCCACCACCUCCAGCGCCUCCUCUCUUCCGAACUCAGGCAUUCCACCUCCUCCUCCUUCAUCCACCAUCCGGCUACCACCUCCGCCGCCGCCGCCGCCUCUUCUGUCCACCAACCGAAGAAUCUGGACGCGGUUAUCCAAGGCGCGCUGCCGGGGGGGCAGUUGGAGUCGGAGAAGCCGCGCCCCGGUGAUGCGGAGAGGUGGGGGGAGGCCGCGAUUCCAGCGCUGGGUGUUCACUCCCGCGAUGUUCCCCCGCCCCUGCCCCCGCACGUCGUCGUCCAAAUCCAACACGCCGAAGCACAUCUGCCGCCGUCACUACCCUGCAGUUCCAACUCCUUGGUGACCAAGGUCAACCCAUCCAAGUCCACCUCCUCAGCAUCUGUCGGCAGCCUGAAGACGGAUCGUGAUGGAGAAGAGAGGCUGGAGCAGCCAGAGAAGGAGGUGGUGAGGAAGGAGACUGCCCACACCCACACGGAUGCUGCCGCAGAAACAGCCCUGAAGCUGAAGCAGUGGGAGAUGGAGUUAGCGACCAAGGAGCAUGCCCUUGAGGAGGAUGCCCUCAAAGCCAGGAAUGAGCGUCACAGGCAGUCUUUGAAUAGACAUCUAACUAUGAUUGAGAUGGCAACGCACACAGAAAAUCUUAAGUACAGAGAGCACCUACUAGAAGGACGCGAACAUCACUUGGCUGUUCUAGAGGAGAAAGCCUGGCAGGGGAGGAAGGAUGCAGAGCUGAAUAAGCGUGAACGGGGACUGAAUCUUCGCGAAGAUGCUCUCACGGAUCCUCUACUGGCUGAUCAGCAGAAAUCUCAUACCAAUCACACCAAGCUCGAGGAUAAUAUGUGGAAUAAGAGGCAGAUUUACCUAACCAUAGCAAUGGUUACUGGGCUGACUGUUCUGAUUCAGAUGCAGCCCCAGUUUCUUGCUGCUAUCCUUCCUUGUAUUGUAGGUGCAUUUGCAACUGCGUGGGUACUAACCGCAAUUGCAUUUCCAUGCGGACUAUUUGGGACCUCUAGACUAGAGAAAGACUACAGUCGACAUGUGGGACGAUUGGCUUUCAUGCUCUUCUCCCUCUUCAUCCUAUAUGUUCCGUAUAUUCUGUCUGUGUCUCUCAAGCAGAGUACCACGUCGUCAUCUGUACCUCCUGUGACUCCAUCAUCAUCACUACCUCCUGUGACACCGCCGGCGCUAGCUCCGACACCAUCAUCACUACCUCCUGUGACACUCAGCUGGCGCAGCUACUUUUACAUUGGUCUAGGAGGCAUUACGAUGCUUGUUCGUAUUGCUUUAUGGAUUGCGGGUUGUGCUACUGGAGGUGAUAGGGACCUGGGCCCGUAGUUGGUGCAAUGAACUGUUGUCUAAAACAUGCUGAAGCAGGCCUGCUGGUGAUUAAUGAUGCUCUCUAAAUCAUGAGCGUCAACAAACUUCAACUGGUUAUUGGUUUGCAAGAAUUCAUUCGAUUGGUUAGCUGAACAAAAUGGUUAUGAAUGGGCCUCCAUCCCCUGGCUUGAGGCCUUACAAUUUGCCUGCAGAGAACUUUUCCUAGCCGGUUUUCUCUUUAUAUGUCCAGAUGGACUCUUUUUUUCGUUUCUUGAGACUGCAAAUUGACAUUUUCUACCACAAGCUCUACAGCUCUUAGGUGUAAGUAUAGUACGUACUCAUAAUCUGGUAUGAAUAUGAUGGUCGAUGGAUAUUGAUGAA